CGUGAUUUUUUUCACUCAGAUGAAAGUCAUCCUUAUCGAAUUGAUUGUUGUCGCGUAUACUUCUCGAUAUUGUUGGUGAAUCACAACAAACAAAUGAAUUUUUUACAAUAAGCAGUAAACACGGGCAGAAAAAAACUUUUAUUUUGAAAUUGGAUUUGAGUAGAAAGGCAAUCAAGUUCUUGAACUGAAAGAAAUAUCACGUUUAUUUCAUUACACUUUGUUUUUGACAAAUGGCAGCUGUGGGGACAUGGUCUUUCUCUCGACCUGCUGUAGAGAGAAUGAUGUCCAUGCUUCUGGCUGGACAAAAUGCAACAGAUGUUGUGGAAACAGCAAUGUCAGAGGUUGAAGAUGAUGUAGACACAGGACGACACAUUGUUGGCAGAGGAGGAUAUCCAAAUUUCAAGGGAGUGGUUGAAUGUGAUGCUGCAAUUAUGGAAGGGCUACCAGGAAGAUUUGGGGCAGUGGCUGCAUUGCGAGGUAUUGCACAGCCAUGUCGUGUAGCACGCAAAGUGAUGGAUAGGAGUCCUCACAGCUUGCUUGUUGGAGAAGGAGCAGAAUCCUUUGCUCAGGAACUUGGCUUUAUACCUGAGCCCAAUGAAAACAUGCUCUCUGACCAUACAUCUACUGCAUAUCAGGUACAGUCUGAUAACACUUUUGAAAGCUGUUGCAUAUUCAAAAAAUUUCCAAACACUAGAAAGAACAUAAUAUACAAUUUUUAUGGACAAAUUCUUUUAAAAACAUUGUUCUGUGUUUUUUUAUAUAUAUUCCCAAAGGAAUUUCUUGAAAAGAAUAAAAGUGUUGUAAGUGGGCAUGACACAUUAGGCCUUAUAGCUCUUGAUCUAGGUGGUAACAUAACAGUGGGAGCUUCCACAUCAGGAGCACCCUUCAAAUCACCAGGCCGUGUGGGAGAUUCUCCUCUUCCAGGCUGUGGUCUAUAUGCUGACCAUACAGUAGGUGCAGCUGCAGCUACUGGUGAUGGAGACAAAAUCAUGUGCUACUGCCCAAGCUUUCAUGUUGUGCAGCUGAUGAGACAAGGGUCAUCUCCCAAUGAAGCCUGUCAAGCUGUCCUUGCUGACAUACAGAGAAGAAUCAGUGGAGAUACAUGCUUUGAAGUUGGGCUUAUUGCUUUGAAUAUAAAAGGAGAGGUUGGAGCUGCGUCCUCAGUGGAAUUUCCAUACACAUUCUGGAAGCAAGGGAUGGGUUCAGUGGAGAAGCUAGUCCUUAACCAGGCUUCCUCUGAUACAUCUAAAAAUGAUCUUUUUACUCAUUAAGCAUGUGGAUGUUGUAAAUCAUCAACAAAUAAUCAAUAACUUUUAUUUUCAAAAUAUGUUCACCUUUCAAUGUUUUUGUAGAUUGGGCUUUUUAAUCCUUCUAUAUAAUAAAGCUGUCAGUUUGAAUCAG